UAAAUGCAGUUCUUGAACGUUAGCGUAAAAACAUAAAACGGAAAAGGUAGGAGAAAAUGUAUUGGUUGACUCGGCAGUUAGAACAAUACAAUGGCCUACACAUUGACAGUCAGGUAUAAAAAAAAUCCAAGAAGAUGAACUUUACCAGGACUACCAAUAGAACCACGUUCUUAAUUGUUGGAUUUAUGAUCGUGUAUUGUUCUGCAUUACAUCAGUUUAAAUGGCGGAGGUCACCUACGGCUACACCACUACACCAAAGACACUGGAGACUUCUACAUGGAGAAUUCGACGUCCACUUCACCCAAGCCACUAAGGAAGAAUUCUGGGACGAUGGUCCGAUAAAGAUCUAUGAAGCUUUUGAUCAACAUUCCUACAAGACUUUAGAGACGUGUAACAAUUCAUGUCGUAUAGAUAAUCCUGUGUGUAAUGCUACAAGUAAAAAUGAAUUCAACGGAUUAUCAGAAAAAGAUUUGAUUGUACCAAAACCGUUCCUUGCAAGAGGGCAGUAUGUUUUUGAAUGGGAGAAAAAAUAUUUGAGUUAUCCCCCUUUGAACGAUACUAAAACGCUGCCAGAUUUGAAGUUGUCUAAAGUGACAGUUGAAAACACAAGACAAGGUGUGGUCAGCUGUAAGAUACUUGAAACUAUACACGGUCGUCUGGAUGUCGUGGAUGGGUACGGGCGUCAGAGAACCAAGGGAGACGAUGUGGUCAGGGUGUGGAUGAAGGGCAGUAAUCCAACUGGAUAUGCUGUAGUGGGUGAUGUCAUGGAUCUAAAAAAUGGCAGCUAUCUUUUCAAUGUAAAAUGUCUCUGGACUGGAGUGUCUUCGCUUCACUUGGCCAUCGCCUACCCUCGUGAAUUCAUCAGGACUGUCAUCCACCAGAUUCACAUUGGUGCAACAAGAUUCAUGACCGCCACAUUUAAAAAGGGAAACUAUAAUGAGGACACCAUUUGUUUUCAAACCCCAAACAUACCAGGCUGGGAGUGUAUCUGUAACUUCAGCAAGUUUGGUUAUGAGAAUUAUUACUGUGGUAGACCGAGGACUAAUCAUCUAACAUGCGACGACUGGAUAAAUGGUGGAUAUCUAAGCGUUCCAACUCCACAUGACGUUACAGGCGCUGAAAGAAGUCUGAUUAAGUCUAUUGCCAGAAUACCACAACAGAGGACAGUAGCUCACAAUUUUAAAAUAUCUACAAAGAAUACAGGCAAUGUUUUUCCUGAAUUACAACCCUGUCACAUGUCAAAUAAAAAUGUCACCUGGACAACAGCGAUGCCUAAAGGCAUCUGGACACCUGGCAAUGUCUGGAAGUCUCUGGUCUGUAAGGACGUAGGGGUCAUCAAUACAGACUGGACAUUAAAAUGCCUCAGAAACACAUCCGUCUGGAUCUUCGGGGACUCAAAUGCCAGGUUUACCUAUGAUAUGAUUCUAGCCCUAACAAAAUGUAACAAAACUGAAGGUGGGUACCCAUUGAGAGGAACAUGCAUUAAGCCAGAGACUGGACUCACCAUAAAUGUGUUUUGCCACGAAGGACCGGUGUAUACAUACUCACAAAGAAGCGACAAUUUUACUGUCCCAAGUUUUAUACAGAAGCUCCCAAAGAACCAGAAACAUAUUCUCAUCAUUCAGUAUUACCUCCACUACACGGCUUCCCAUCUCGCUGUGCUGUCGUUACGUAUGAAAUCUCUGAGAGCCGCCAUAGAAAAACUGCUUGAAGAAAAUCCCAACGUCUUGAUAGGACUUAGAGGUCCUCACAUUGCUUCUUUAUAUUACAAUUACAACCAUGCAAUUGGAGGAGAUCCUUUAGGACCCCAGUAUCUCCAUAUAAUACGAGAUAGGUUCAAAGGCCUAGAAGAUAAAGUCGUGUUCUUAGAUUUGUGGGAAAUGUCAAUUGGAAUAGAAAACUUUGAUUAUCAUCCACCACAGUAUGCUAAUCUUGAGAUGUUCAAGUUUUUGUUGUCUUUUCAGUGUAAUUAGCCCGAAGGACGCUUUUCCACACUCUAAUUGAUCACAUGAAUUGUUAUAUUUAAAACUUACAAUUUAUUAUUAGGUUAAAUUUGGUUUAGUUUGUUUUAUUUUUCACUCGUUAUAUAGUAAUUACAUGUUUUGCAUUUAAUAAAAUUUCUUAAA